CAUUUAGUUAUCCUCAACAUCAACUACACCUGGUUCAUCGAACGGUCCUCCUCAACUACUACGCGUUUCCAACCUCGCCUCUGCCGACCCUGAUAAGGAUUUGACUGGAAUGCUAAUCAAGUUUGGCAAGGGAAAGGUUGUGGAACUCCUUCCUGACCGAACGACCGCUAUUCUCAGAUUUCCAUGCCGGAACCUAAUGAUGCAUCCGACGCUAAUUACCUGCACUGCUUUUUCUCGUAUUGUUGCUCGGAAAACUUCUCUGCCCUUUUUAUUGUCAUUGGAAUUGUCUAGUGUUGAGGGCUGA